AUGAAUGGCUUCAGAUUACACACGUCUUACAAAUUUGACAUCUUUUAUAUUUUGGAGUUCCUUACCCUCCUGAUUCUGACCUUAUCAUUGUCAAUGAUCGCACUGAAGCAUUUCUCGCCAAAUCUGGCUUCGCAUGAGGAGGAUUCACUGAAGAAGCUUGACGAAAAGGAGCACUCUUUCCAAACUAAGGUACUAAGUGGCUCCCAUUUUUUGGAUAUUAUCAAAAUUACCACGUCGAGGUCUCCGUUCAUCGUAUCCAUAGGGUUAGACCAUAAGGUACUGAUUUGGUCUCCCCUAUCCCAACCGAUUCCAAUGCCAUCACAACUACCACUCAGUACAGGGCUAUGGCCAAUCACCAACGUUGUUUUGAGCUCUCAUGGCAAUUAUAUUGCAGCCUUUUCGAAAUCAGGGGUUGUACAAUGUUGGUCAAGAUUAUCGAUGACGUGGAUAUGGAGAUUUGAACUGGAAAUAUUGAGGAACAGUUCACCACUUGAGGCCUUCUUCAGACACAAGACUGUACCCGCAUUUGCCAUGAGAAAGAGAAGAGAAAUGCUAUUGAGCCAGACCGUGGCGUCACCUCCAACAUCAAGAAGGAACAGCAUGAGAUCAAUCACAUCCCCUCACCUAGGUGCAACUACUGCCUUUGGAAAUAAUGCAAAUGUCACCAACGAAUUGGAAGAUUUUGUCAUCAUUUUACAGAAUGGUGACCUUUUAACCAUAUCUUGCCAGGAAGGGAAGUUGACCAAAGAGAAACUAUCGAACACCGAAUUGGUAUCCUGUGCCAAACUAAUAACCCCGCGUGUUAACGAUCGUUUGGUAUCACUGACAAAAGAUGGCCAGCUCCUUGUAUCUACCGCUGUUAAUAACAAGUGGAGAUCCCGUUUCGUCACUGUGGAGACGAACAGAUUCAAUAAUCCAAACAGUCUCAUAUCUGCACCCCAACAACCAACUGCCGAUUAUACAAGGUCAGAAAUUUCCAUUGUUCCAUUUGUUGGUUUCAUGGUGCGUACUGCUGGUACGGUUGCCGAAUUAGUUGACGUGCAAACUGGAAUCUUGAUAAAGUCUUUCUCCAUAAUGAAGUACAAGAGAGGCUCCUUCUGCGUCUUCCAUGACCAGCCUACCCACUGUCGCUUCUGUGGUUCUGUAUCUCUUGCCUCAUUCUCCGUGGCAUACACAUUAGCCAAUACCAACACCGUUGUCGUACAUACCUUCACUGUUGACCAUCGGGCAAAGACGUCGAUCUGCCUCCGUGUCGAGCGUGACCCUCGUGAAAUUAGAUGUGUCGGUUUUGAACAAGUCACAGAGCAUGUAUAUCAACGUGAAGAUGUGGAAGGUUGGUGCGUUACCGACACAAACCAGGUGAUGGGAGUUAAGAGACGCAGUAAUGGUGUUCACCAAAACGACGGGCUGCGUCGCAGAAGAGCUAAGACUGAUGAAAAGGACUUUGAUUUGUGGGAGGGCUGGGUUUUAAAGGCCGAUGGAGAGUUUGACACAUACGACAUCCCAUCCUUGGGUAACUCUGAGGGAUUAUUGGUCAAUUCUGUAUCCCAGGUUGCGAAGUUCGGGCACAAGUCCAUAGUGGUUGCAUUUGGUAACAUCAUGAAGGUCCUAUAUCUCGGAAACGACGAUUUGGUCCAUCAGGACGACGACAAGCAAGUGGGCAAGGCCAUCAGCGGACUGAGCUUUGUCGAGAAGCGUAGACGCCAUCUCGGCAAAAAGAACUCCAGAUCUACAAACUACACUGACGUUGAUGGAGCUGAGGCUGGUGGUGGCUCAGUACCCCAUUUGACGCUUUAG